GCAAAAGAAAAAGUUAUGUAUGAAAAAGAAGCAAAACAGCAAGAAGAAAAGAUUGAAAAAAUGAAAGCUGAAGCAUGUGAUGAUUAUGGAAUUAAGAAGCAGAUCGAGAUCUUGCAAGAAUCACGAAUGAUGAUUCCAGACUGCCAGCGCAGAUUAGAAGUUGCACACGCAGAUCUUUCUCAACUAUUAGAAAAUGAAAAGGAAUUGGAAGAAGCUGAAGAGUAUAAAGAAGCACGUUCCAUACUGGAGUCAGUGAAGCUGGAAGCCUAGAAGUUUUUCAGUACUCUCUUUAUGUGUGUUAGCACUGGGUCCAUUCCACACUUCUGUUUGACCACAGCUCUCUCAAUAGUGUUGACUUGCUAAGGUUCCCUUUAUGCAAAUAACUAGCCUUUCUCUAUCUCCAAAAUGCAUUGAAUAAAGGAUGUUCUGAAACAUGUGUGUUCCAUAUUCAGGCAAAAUAAAAAUAUUGCCACUUUACCUCAAAUAUAGAAAGAACAAAAAAGAAGCUUAUGUAACGUAAGCCUAAUAGUGUAAUAGUUAAUAUACAAAACUUAACCUGAACAACUCAGGCUAAGAAACAGAGUACAGUUCAAGGGUCUAGCUAUGUAAAAAGUGUGACAAGUCGAUAAAUGCUUUAGCACCUUAUCUUGGAAAUAUUUUCAGUCUGUACUGAAACAGCGGAUGGGCGAAAUGACCCUUCAAAGUCACCCAUCUUUCUUCUAUGAUACUAUUUAUCUGUAAUUUUGCAAAGUAUUAUUCUGUGUUUCUUUCUUUUUGAACACAAGGCAGAAUUAAGAGCUGAUUCCAAACCUUUCUUAAUUUGCCUGGGGUUGAUUUGUAGAGCUCAAAUUCACAUUAUUACCAUUAAUCAAGAUUAAGUUGCUUUUUUCAAGAAACAAAAUUUAGCAGCUGUCUAGUAAUGUUGUCAGCUGAACUUACCGGUAGAAGUUCUGAAGUGAAUCUUUUUCCCUGAAAGCACAGCUGGUCAUCUUGGCCUGUGUGACUUUUUUUUGAGCAAAGCUCAAAACCCAGAAGCUGAGAGUACUAAUGCAUAUGGGAACAAUGCUAAUCUGCCUGGAGGACCAUUAAAACAUUAUGUACAAAACCUGUGGCUCUUUCAGGAUGACUUCUCUAAUUUUUCUAGUUUGAAAGUUUUUUGGCAUGUUCUUUAAGGGCAACACAGCACAGCGUACCUUUUGUGUGGUGCUAUAUGAAACAGUCUAAUAAAAUUUUUUUGUUUA